UUUUAAUUGAAAAGUUGUGUAUUUUUCAUAACUAGAAAUUAUUAUGCUGACAAAAUUUACAAAUUUCAAAUAUAUAAAUUUUGAUAUUUUUUUUCUAGCACUGCCAUUAUUUUUUCAAAAAUGAACAUAUAAAAUGGUCAAUUUUUUCAACUUAACUUUUGAAAAUGUUCCGGAAAUACUGCGUCCUUUAAAAAUAAUGACGUCAAACAGAGUAAUUGUAUAAAAAAGAUUGCAUGCAAUAACAAUUUUGUAAAAAAAGUUAUAUAAAUUACUUGAUAUUUUCUAUUAUUUUAUCAAAGUUUCGUCUAAUAACAAUAUAAUAAUGAAAAUGCUCACUAGUAUUUUAUUAUUUACAGUUUUAAUGUGUGAAUCUCAACUUACAUCAUGCGAUCAUUCUAAAGUUAACAAUAUACUAAAUUCAUUCAUUAAAAAAUGUUUUGCGUAUAAAAGUUUAAAAUAUUUUCAAUUAAGUAAAUUUACAGUUCUCAAAGAUUACAAGGCACUCGUUAAUACUCCGUCAGAAACGUUUGUUAAUUAUGUUAAUGAUAAAUUAUUUACAGUGACAAAAGUAUUAAGUUGUGAUUAUGUCUUAUACUUGUUGUAUAAUGCAAACAUCCUUGUUUCUUAUUUCGAAAUUUGUAUAAAAAUAAAUGAGGAACAAAAUAAAGAGGCUGCAAUAAAAUGUUUUGAUAGUCUGAAGACAUGUAAUACUAAAGUAAAUAAGGUAAUUACUUACUUUAUAAGUGCGUUGGAUUAUUUAACUAACCUGACGAAUAAUGACUUGAAAACAUUUAUAAAUGAUUAUACAGCCACAUUGAAAAUGUUUGAGAUUUUUGAACUAUUUACAAUCAACUUAAAUGCAGAUAAUCUUUCUUUGAUUUCUGAGAAUGUCAUACUAAAUGAAGAAAAUAUUGAAAAAUUAGAUACAACCGUUAAAGACAAUCAAACCAUAUAUAAUAAUUUUGCUAAUAAAUACUGUGAUAAUAUUUUAGAUGGAUUACCUGAUUAUGAAUUACAUAAAUUAAAAUCAUCAUUUGAGUAUAUAUAUGGUCAACAUUUUUUUAGUAAAUGUAAUAACGAUCCUGCUCUUAUGCAUACAAAAUAUAUGGAAUUCCUUAAGGAAAUUAUUGCUAAAUAUUAUAGCAAACUUGGAUUUAAAUACGAUACAGAUACUAAUAAAACUCUUUAUAAUAAUUAAUAUCAUAUUGUAUUCCAAAUUUUAAAGAUAAAGCAAAUAUAUUUCAAUAAAUGUAUUUUGAGAAAAUAAAAUGAUUGGAAAUAUUAAUUUUGAUUUAAAUAUUGUUUAUAUUUUAAAAGAAAGAUAAACUUAUACAUUAAAAGAUAAGGUGACGUUUAUUUUUAUUAAAAAUUAUUAU